CUGUUCCAGUGGGUUCCGGCAAUUCUCGUUUUCUAGUUGCCCUCGGAAAAUGAGCGACAUGCCGUUUUUCUAAUCAAUGAUAUCUAAGAUGUCACUGCUAGGCGAGAUUGCCAGACAACUUUUAUACGGUUAAUGGCGUGCGUAUGUCGUUUUACCUUAUAAACAAAAGAUCCUUUUCUAUUUCUGCCUUUGUACUGGGGUUUUGCCUCUGAUUCAACAUUCUAGGGUUUUUGAUCUGCUCUCUGAUUGCUAUUCAAUUUGCAAAAUAGCCAUGCCUCGGUAUUACUGUGAUUAUUGUGACACUUAUUUGACCCAUGAUUCUCCAUCUGUUAGAAAGCAACACAAUGCAGGUUACAAGCACAAGGCAAAUGUGAGAGCCUACUAUCAACAGUUUGAGGAGCAACAAACCCAAAGUUUAAUUGACCAAAGAAUAAAGGAACAUCUUGGCCAAACGGCAGCAUUUCAGCAGGUUGGAGCUGCAUACAAUCAGCAUUUACUGGCACAGAGGCCCCGCCUUCCUGUUCUACCAACACCAGUAAUGCCCAUCGCAGGGAAUCCACAGUUACCUGUAAAUACACCACUAAUCCCUGGGAUUAGACCUCCUGUUCUGCUAAGACCUGUAUCUGGUGCUCCAGGUUAUGUGUCUGCUCCAGCCAUGCCACAAAUGUUGGCACCGCCUGGUGCUUCUUCCUUACCUGGUCAAGUAAGUGGUCCAAGGCCUCCCAUGGGGAUUCCUCCAACAACUGUUCCUGGGAGUACGCCAGCACCUGCUGCUUCUAGUGGUGCCCCUUCCAUGGCUCCAUCUAAUUAUCAAGCAAAUCCAGCAGCACCCACAAGUGGAGGCUUCGACAGCUUCAAUAAUGCUGCGGCUCCUGAGGCUAAUCAUUAGUCUGAUCAAAUUGCAUUGUUCCUGUUACAGGCAUGAGAAGAAGCCAAAAAUGCCACCUCUACACUGUGAUGCCUAUAUAAAGUUUCUGGAAUGGUUGUGUACACCAUCAUUUUUGUAAACAUUAGUUACUGUAAAAUGAUAAACUAGAUUCAGCUUAAAGGAGCAUUUUCCCUGUAUUGAAAUUUCUAUUAUUUGCUCAGAUUCUGUGAUAGAAUUUGCUAGGGUUAAGGAACCCUAACAAAGAAUUAUAAGAGAAGUAGGGAAAAUUAGAGAAGAGAGAGAGAGAAUAUAGAGAUAGUUGAGAGAGAAUUGAGAAUUAUUAUUUCUUUGGUAAUUCUUGAAUGAAUAUACAAGAUUAGCUUCUUUGAGAA